AUGACAGCACUGGUAGAAGAUGAUGAUUCAUACGAUCAAGAAUUCGAGAACUUAACGAGUAAAGAAAAAAAGGAAAUUGAAAAAAGAAGAGAACGAAACAGAAAGAAAAAUGAAUCUAAGAAGAAAAAUAAAAAAGCAUCUCAAAAGAAGGUAAACAAUAACAUUUCUAAUGAAACAGAGAUGGCAGUUGAUGAACCAGUGAAAGAAGUUAUAAAGGAGGAAAAUCAAGAUAUAUCUGAUGUUAAAUUAGAAGAAAAUGGUGAAAAAGAAGAUAUGAAAAUGGUUUUUGAAAUAAAUGUAAAAGAUUUAGGAUUAGCUGAAGAUUCAGAUGAGUAUAAUUAUUUUAAAAGUGUUUUUGAAAAAUUUACUUAUGAUCCUUCUAAAGCAGAUAUAUCUCAUAAUCAGUAUAGUAAUGAUAAUGAUAUGUAUAGUGAUCAAGAAAGUAAGGCAGAAAAAUCAGAACAAAUUUUGCAAGAAGAAAUAAAAUCAAGAAAAUUAGAAUUACAGGAAGUUAAUUCAAUUCAUGGUAUGUCUCGUAAACAACUUAAAAAAGCUUUACAACCUAGUAUUGUGGCAUUAAAACAAUGUACAUCUAGACCCGAUGUUGUUGAAUGGGCUGAUACAACAUCGAGAGAUCCAUUUUUGUUAGUUACUUUAAAAAGUUAUCGAAAUACAGUACCUAUUCCACCACAUUGGAAUGCAAAAAGAAAAUAUUUAGCUGGUAAAAGAGGCUUUGAAAGGCCGCCAUUUGAAUUACCUGAAUGUAUAAAAAAAACAGGAAUUAUGGAGAUGAGGGAAACAAUGUGGGAAAAAGAAAGUUCACAAUCACUAAGAAGUAAAAUGAAGGAGAGAGUUAGACCAAAGUUGGGGCGAAUUAAUAUUGACUAUCAAGAUCUCCAUGAUGCAUUUUUCAAGUGGCAAACAAAACCACAUAUGACAAAAAUGGGAGAUUUAUAUUAUGAAGGGAAAGAGAUGGAUGCAAAAAUGUAUGAUAAAAAACCUGGAAAAUUAUCAGAUGAAUUACGUUUAGCUUUAGGAAUGCCUAUUGGCCAACAGGCUUACAAAUUUCCUCCACCAUGGCUCAUUGCUAUGCAACGUUAUGGUCCUCCACCAUCAUAUCCUAAUCUUAAAAUUCCAGGUCUUAAUUCACCAAUUCCUGAUGGAUGUAUGUUUGGAUAUCAUCCUGGAGGUUGGGGUAAACCACCUGUUGAUGAAUUUGGUAAAACUAUAUAUGGUGAUGUAUUUGGAAUAGAAACUCCAUUAAUUACUGAAACUGUAGAAGAUAGAAAUAUCGAUCGACGUCAUUGGGGAGAAAUUGAACAAGAUUAUGUUGAUGAAGACGAUGAAGUUCAAGAAGAAAAUGAUGAUGAUGAUGCUAUGGAUAUUGCAGAAAAUGAAAAUAUUAUUAUUGGAUCUGAUACUAGUGGUAUUGAGACACCAAGUGGAAUUUCAAGUGUUGUUACAGGAUAUGAAAUUCCUCAAACUAUUGAAUUACGUAAACCUGGUAUAAAUGCAUCAUAA